UCAACAGAUGUGGGCGGAAGUGCUGAAGUCGCGAACGUUGCCGGAACAGGAAUUAGUUUGUGCGGAAGUUAUAGUUAUACUCUGGCGGAAAACGUGGAGUGCUUAGUAGAGCGAGAAGAGGACUGUGUGCUCUUUUCUUUCUGAUUUGCGCGUGUUACUGAUUGAAGUGAAACAAUGUUCUUGCAGUAUUACUUGAACGAGCAGGGGGACCGUGUAUACACAAUGAAGAAGGUUUGUCCUGAUGGACAGCCGACUGCUUCAGCCCACCCUGCGCGCUUUUCUCCUGAUGAUAAGUUUUCCCGGCACCGUGUCAAUCUGAAGAAGAGAUUUGGACUUCUACUUACCCAGCAACCUAGACCUGUGCUAUGAGCCAUGUGACAAUGCCUGACACUUCCUUGUGUUGAAAACAUCGGCCAAUUAUCUAUACUUCAUGCAUUGACCAGCAAAUAACCGCAUAGUGUUGAAAGAAUACCUUCACGUCAUCAUCCUAAUGCUGUGUGAAGGCAUGCUUCAGAAACUACAUGUAAAUUUAAUUCCAAAAGGACUUAUCCCUAUGUGGUACAACCAUUCAUUUUUGUUUUUUAUUACCUUGUAAUUUCUCAUUCCUAAUCAGGUGGGAUUUUCUGUUUCCUAGUUGUGUGAUAAUUAAAACAAGUUUUCUGUUUGCUUCCA